UCGGUAAGUUAAAGUUUUUAAAAAGAAUUUAUUGUUUAAACUUUCAUAAUGGUUGAUGCUUACGUAUUACACCACAGCAAAAGACGUUUACAGAAAGAACAGUUGAUACUGAAGGUCGAAAGCAAUGGUAACUUUGAUGCAAGAGAAUAUAAAUGCAAUAAAACAGUGUACACUGAAUUCAGUGACGGCGAAUCCGGAAAACGGCGCAUCGUCAUAAAGAAAUUUAUUGAUGAAGAGACAAGUAAAGAAUCGGACCGUGGUCUCGAAAUGACUCCAAAGAGCAGCUAUUUAUUUCUGGAUUCUGAAAAGGUGCCGUUUCUUCAGCGAACCGUUAACCGUGACGCAAGUGCGGAUACUUCAUGUGAUAGCCAAGAUAGUGGAGUACAGACAUUUAGGAAUAAAAAAUUCCGCGAUCACGGGACACAUAAAGACUCUGGAAAAUUAUCUAAACCGAGUAAAGAUGCGGGCGUUGUUGUUGAAACGACUUGUUAAAAAUCAUUUGUUAUUCACGUGGUUUGUCGGAAAUCUAUGUGCAUCUUAUUCGAGGCUAGUUUCUUAUCUAUGUUCGGUGAAAUCUACGGAAUAUAUAUUUAGAUGUGAAAUAUUUAUUUACAGAUUAUCUGUAGUUUAUAAGGAUCUAUAAUUAUGUGUAGUAUAGUUUAUAUUUAGUAAUUUUCCUGUUUUUGUUCACUGGAUGCUUUCUUUAAUCCCUCAACGUCAACCUGAGUAUAUUAUUUAUUGAAAAGUUCCUAGGUUGUUCAUUAUUACCCAUGCACAAGACCUUAUUCUUACUGCGCAUGCCCAACAAUAUUUUUCACUCGUGUUCAAGACGUUUAGGGAGACGUACAUACACUCUUAUUUUUUACAAUUUUUACUUUAAAUCAUUCACCAUUCAGGAAGUUUAAUCGCAUCAAAAACAUUCGUCAGUUUUCAUAAACAUCGCCAACAGAGAGUAUUAGGGUGGUCAUUGUCAACAGAGAGUAAAAGGGUGGUGAUUUCUAGAAUUUCUUAAAAUUUACCAUAAGUUUGGAUCAUACGGGGUUUUAGAUAUUUACAAAUUAGAGGUUCCUACAGACUAGACUGUCACAUUAAUGAAAGAAAAUUGUCUGACACUCUUCUCAAACUUCAGUUAUAUAUUAAAGUUGUAGAAAAUAUUGAAAUAAGCGUUGACAUUAUAUCGCAGUGACGUCAUUGUUGCGUCUCUGACAUCAUCGUAUUAUUUGUUCGCAAUUUAUUGUAUUCCUUGUAUGUAGUCAUAUUCCAAAUCUUUAUAUUUGUACAGAUAUCGUUACUAUUUAAUGAAUGAAAUAAUCAUAAACUUGUAAAUAAAUAGCAAUUCUGCCUACACAUGUGUGCCAUCAAUAUUAGACAAAGCACUUGGUCAAAUCUUAUGAAAUGCGCAUGAGCCCAUAACGUCAUCUGCACUGUUGUACGCAUGACAGCAUGACAAAAGAAAUAAAAGUUUGGUGAAAGUUUUAUUUAUGUGUUUGGUAAUCAUUGAGAGAUUCGACUUUGAUUGAUUUGUCAAUUUAUUGAUGUUUAAAACGACAUAUGGACACAUUAUAAAAACGAAAUUUAUCUUGUUACGUUUUAUUUUUACAUUAAAGAACUUUUGUUUUGCUUUUCAUUUAAAGAGAAUGUGGAAAUGGGAAAAA